UGCGCGAGUUAGACGGUCGCACGGGGAUGCAUAUCCCCCUGUGUCCUGUGAGGAGCACGCACUGGUCAUACAGCUGCUCCUCGAGCGGGCAGAGUGUUGGCCGUCAAGCCCCUCUCUCUACUAUUGCUCCUCGUGCCAGAUGUUGCUCCGUCCUCUCCCCUGGUUUAUACUCUGAUUGUGAAUCCAUAGGCACCUUUGUGGAGGUUAUGGCAGCAGAUAUGGAUCUUGUGAUGAUAAAUCGUAUGACGGAAUGCAUGCAACCUCAAACUGUGGAAGAUGUGGUCUGUUGGCCUAAAUUUCAGAACAAUGCUCAUUUUGAAAAACAGGUACAUUAAAGCCUGUGUAACUGAACUGGAGAGAACCAUGUCCUUAUAACGGUACAACAACUAUGCCAUGUACAGGGAUAUUAUCUAC